AAAGAUCGUGCGAAAAUACACUGUAAUUCCACGCUACAUUGAAGAAGAAAGGUAGGAAUACACUUUUGAAAGUUUCUUGUUUAUUUUGAAAAUGGCUGACAAAAAUUGUUAACUACUGUUAGAGUUUAUUUCACUGAAAAUCUUGAUCAACCAGGUCUGUGAAUUAUGUUCAGCUUGUUUAAAUUAACAGCUGAUAUUUUGUCAAAGCUAUGGUAAAACGAGCUAUAAAAAGUGCAUCUUGAAUUGUUUUGCCUCAUUGCUACUAAAGGAGUUGAAAGCCGAUGUUGUGCUUUUUAUCACCCUCGUUCAAACCUGUCUUCCAUCAAAUCAGGUCGCCUAUUCGCGUGGAGAGACAUGAGACAUUGUUGCAAGUGAUGCUGAAUAGGCCUUGUCACGGUUUUCGACGCCAUCUUGACGAGUAGGCAAACGCGCGAGAAAUUACAGUGUUUGUAUGAGAAUCUAAUGCCGAAUAAUUUCCGUAGAACGGCUGCUCUGAAAAAAAUAUGAUUUGUAAACUAAAGCUUCACUCCUAAGGAUUCUCCUGAAAACACUUGAGGGCGUUACAUGCACUAGAAGACCUAGAGCCACUUUUUAAAAUUUUCUAUACAUUUGUCUGUAAGAAAGUCCCGGGAAAAUUACAGACAAAUAUAUGGAAAAUCUAAAGCAAGCCUCUGGAGAAGUUUAAGCACAGGUAAACCCCCCAAAUUUUUUAGGACAAUCCUUUGCUUGGAGCUUUAGUUUACAAUUGAUAUUUUUUUCAGAAUAGCCGUUUUAUGGAAAUUAUUCGACAUUUAUAGAUUCUCAUACAAACACUGUAAUUUCUCACGCGUUUGCCUACUUGUCAAGAUGGCGUCGAAAACGGUGACAAGGUCUAUUAACAAAUCGACAAAUUCUUUCCUUGGUCAAUUUAACGAAAAGAUUUGAUGUUGCUGUGCGUCUGUUCAGUAAUAGAUCACCGAUCUAAAAGUGGCGCACGAGCUAGCCUACAUGUACCAUCCCCCGAUUCAGGACUGUGCUCUAGCAGAGCCCAGUGGUGCCUGGCACCCAACUUUUGCUCCUGGCUGGGCACCCUAGAUUUUACAGGUUCAGAGCACUGGGCACCUUUCAAUUUUCCUUAGACCACAGCCUUGCCCCCAUUCCUAUGGAAUUUGCUUUCCUCCAGUCUUGCCCCUCACAACUAAAAGUUAAUAAGAUUUUAAGUUGCUGGGUAGAGUAAAUAUAAUACAAAAAGCAGGCGGUGAAUCAAACAACUGGGGAUUUCUUUUGGUUUUGUUUUUGUUCUAUUUUCCUACAAAAGAAGCCAUGGCCCGGUUCCUCGAAAGAUGGUAAAGUUUAACCCAGGAUUAAGCCCAAUUUGAAGCAAGGUUUUCUUGUCUAACAACAUGUAACUGGAGCUUUCAAAAUACUGUUAAGCCUCUACUCCGACAUAGUAAUGAUAACAGAAAAUGUGACUCCAAGCAAUACACAGAAAGGUAAAAUACAAAAAUGGAACAAAAUUUUUAUCCUGGAUUAGCACUCGCCCUUCAGGAACUGGGCCAUAGAGUCUAAUCCUCAUAGCUGUGGGAAAUCCCUUGCUCUUGGCCUGUAACAACAGCCCUGUGGGAUGGUAAGAAAAACAAUAAAAUCCCCAUUUACCUGGGAUUUUCCUAACAUAAUAUAAAGUUAUCAGCAGCCUUCCUAGAAUGUAAGCAGUCUCUUAUUUUCGUAGCUCCUAAGUUAGGGGGGUAGUAAGCAUUAGUGACACAUGAGUGUUGAAUCCUCAAACCACAGGAAAAACUAAGCAGCCUUUGUGUUAUUUCUUUGCACAAUAUAAAUCACUGUUUUCUUUUUCUUCUAAUUCAGAAGGUUUCCAAUAACUUUCACAUUAAAAUGUAUUUAUAAUAAUGCACUUUCGUUACUGGAGUGUUGUAGUGCGAGUGGCUAAGUUCAGUCUUCAACCAAUUGGUCCAGCUGGAGUUAAGCUAAAUGAGCUGGUUGUUCUCAUUAAUAAAAAUUAUUAAUAAAGUAGUAAUAAAUGUUAUUAUUAUUAUUUAAUGAUAUGGCAGUAUGACACAUCUGGAUGCCCAUGCAGCAUUAGUAAAAUAACCCAGGAGUUGAGCAUGUGAAUUAUUAAACAAUUAUAAACACUUAUAGAGAGGAGAAGUCGUUAUGUCACAUUGCCGUGGUAGUAGAAUUUCAGCAUGACAACAGUGAUCUUAUAAAAUUAUUUCAUCUAUUUUUCAAAUGUUGCCAAAAUUUUUUCGGGUUGAAUCCGAAACGUCCAUAUCUAAGUUUUAGAAAAAAGAAGACAAAAUUUUUCGGUGUUGUGUUCACCUACUCCAUAAAGCAGGUAUGUGAAAUUAGGAAGUUUCAUGUUGUAGUCGUAGAAUGACGGCUAAGAAAUGUACAAAAAAGAGUGAUGCACAUGCAAAGCUGUUGUUUUGCUAAUAUAAACCAACUGUUUUUUGUUACGUUCUCAUUGCCAUCGCUGUCAUCGUUGCUUACAAGCUCCCUAUUGUUGUGAUCCAGAAAUCUUGCAACCAUGGUAACAUGACAUCACACUUAUCCUCUCUAUUGGAUGAGGUUUUUGUGAUAUCUGGAAUAGUCAAAGUCGAGGUAAGUGUUAUCAGCCAAGCCAAAGGCUGAGGCUGAUAACACUGACGGAGUGACCUUGAUUAGUAGGACAUGAUGCAAACUUAAUCUAAUGUUUUAUCAUACAUUCGUUUGAAAAAAACAAUGACAAACACAGUGUCACACAGAACAGACUUUGUGCUGUAGUUGGUAAUCAUGCAAAAAAUGCACGCCCAACCUACAGAUUUGUCAGUUAUCCGCUACCAGAUAACUGACUCAUCUGUGGGUUGUGCUGAUUUCCAAAAUUAGCUGUAGGCUCUUAGCCUAUGAGCUUUAGAAGAUGUUCUGAAUUUUCUUUACCUUGGAAAGUGUGCGCUGCAUGAGCAGAAUGUUGUUUCAGUAGUAAAAGUUGCACAGUUGUUUGGUUUACAAGAUUUGCAAGAAGCUUCAGAAAAGUAUCUUUCCUCACUAGAAAAGAAAUGCCUCAUCUCUCACAUGACAUUUGUAUCUCGUGAAGAAUCCAUUUUGCCAGCCAUCCAGGAAUUUCAAGUUCAGGGAUUGUUCUGUGACGUCACUUUGACCACCAGUGGUGGAAGGGUAAUCCCUGUCCAUAAAAACAUUCUGGCAGCUGUCAGCGGUUAUUUUCAAGGACUUUUUAGAUCUGAAAUGAAGGAGGUCCAUGAACAUAAUGUUGACUUUGGAUCUAUCGAUGAGUCAGUAGUCAGUGAUUUACUGUGUUUUGUAUACAGCGGAGAGAUUUCCAUUACCCUCGACAAAUCCAAGAACUUACUUCAAGCUUGUGAGUACUUGUUAAUAGAAAGCUUCAAGAGAAAAUUUGAUACGUUUCUGAAACGUAAAUUGACAGUAUAAAAUUUUUGGAAGCUGUUUGCCUUAGCAAAGUGCUUUAAUGGCUUGUCAGAGACUACCAGUGAAAUCUUCCGAACAGUCGCAGGUCAUUUUUGGGAAAUAUCCAAAUCAGAAGAAUUCUUGGAGAUCACUGAAGCAGAACUGAACCGCUUUCUUUCAAAUGACGAUAUUACUACCAGUGAAGCUCAGAUGUUGGAAGUUUUAAUCCGUUGGUACAAAUAUUCAAGGAAUCAGAGAGAAGAACCUUUCAAGAGGCUUCUUCAUCUCAUUCACAUGUCUAGUAUCCCUGACUUGUAUCUCAAGUUCGUUGCUGAAAAGGAAGAUGUCGUUGAGCUGGCUUCUUACAAUGGUCAUCGGCUGAGGGCAGAAGUGCCUUUGGAUGAAAUAAAGAAAACAGCACAUUUCUACAAUCUGGCAUUAUUUGGAGCGACAGGUGACUACAACAACAGUUUUGCUUGCUACUGGCUGCCCUUCGCUGGUCCCUGGUCGUUCAUUUCUUCAAUACAACAAUCAACAGCAACUCGCAGGAACCCAUUAGUUUAUGCAGACGGAACUCUCUAUUUUCAUAAUUACUCACAGUUAUAUCGUUUUGAGAAGAUUCGUCUUUCUUUCGUGAUCCACGCACUCAGUUUGAGACAUUUUGAUCCAAUGAAAUCAUAUGGAAGGUUAAGCACGUUUACAGAGGAACCUACUCCAGUUGAGGACCCUGUGACCGUUGCGUUCUCUAAUUACAUCUAUUUCAUAGGAGGUGGCACCCCUUCUGGACGGGUUAGUACUGUUCAACGUUUUAACACCGAUAACCAAUCUUGGGAGCUUGUGUCGAGUAUGCAGGAAGUUCGUUGCCGCCACUUUGCAGUCAACUACAAAGACAGUUAUAUUUACGUCUUCGGAGGCGUCGACACGUCAAGUGUUGAAAGGUAUGAUCCAAAGGAAAACCACUGGUCUUUUGUAGCAUCCAUGCAUCAACCUCGUUGUGAUGGCCAGGCUUGUGUUUUAGCAGACAAAAUUUUGGUAGCCUGCGGCCAUCUGGCAUGCGAAGUGUAUGAUCCGCUUACCGAUGAAUGGCAGAUUGGUAGUUUUCAGAUCCGAAGAAUUUAUACCUUAAAGCCAUUAAAUGAAAGGAAAGAUGUCGGAACCCUCUGCGAGGAAGUCUUCCGCAGUGAUGAUUUCAAUGGAGACAGCGGUGGUGACUUCAAGAUAACUCCAGAGACAGACCCUCUUGGGCUAAAAAAUGGUCUGCCAUGCGAUAAGAAGUGUUAUGAUUAUCAGGAUGCCCGCAAUGUAUCUUUUACGUAUUAUAACGGAGUUAUUAUUGUCUUCAAUUUUGACGAAUUUAGGAAAAAGAAAUUAAGGACUUUAAAGUUUCCAGUUUAUUUUGUUAACCCAGAAACGGGUAAUUUUACGAUCCUGCAUUCACUACCGUCCUGGCCCAAUGACGUAUCACGUGGGAUCUUGGUACCUCUGAGCCGGAAGGAAAUGAUCACGGUAUUGAAGGACUAUCCUGGGAACAAAUCGUAAUCUUUGACGGCUAUUUUGAGUAUGUGUGUAGUGUUAGGAUGCUGACAAGGAGGAUUGAAUNGCAGUCAACUACAAAGACAGUUAUAUUUACGUCUUCGGAGGCGUCGACACGUCAAGUGUUGAAAGGUAUGAUCCAAAGGAAAACCACUGGUCUUUUGUAGCAUCCAUGCAUCAACCUCGUUGUGAUGGCCAGGCUUGUGUUUUAGCAGACAAAAUUUUGGUAGCCUGCGGCCAUCUGGCAUGCGAAGUGUAUGAUCCGCUUACCGAUGAAUGGCAGAUUGGUAGUUUUCAGAUCCGAAGAAUUUAUACCUUAAAGCCAUUAAAUGAAAGGAAAGAUGUCGGAACCCUCUGCGAGGAAAUCUUCCGCAGUGAUGAUUUCAAUGGAGACAGCGGUGGUGACUUCAAGAUAACUCCAGAGACAUACCCUCUUGGGCUAAAAAAUGGUUUGCCAUGCGAUAAGAAGUGUUAUGAUUAUCAGGAUGCCCGCAAUGUAUCUUUUACGUAUUAUAACGGAGUUAUUAUUGUCUUCAAUUUUGACGAAUUUAGGAAAAAGAAAUUAAGGACUUUAAAGUUUCCAGUUUAUUUUGUUAACCCAGAAACGGGUAAUUUUACGAUCCUGCAUUCACUACCGUCCUGGCCCAAUGACGUAUCACGUGGGAUCUUGGUACCUCUGAGCCGGAAGGAAAUGAUCACGGUAUUGAAGGACUAUCCUGGGAACAAAUCGUAAUCUUUGACGGCUAUUUUGAGUAUGUGUGUAGUGUUAGGAUGCUGACAAGGAGGAUUGAAUUCUCCACGGUGGGGAGGCUGAAGCGAACCAGAUAGCGAUGCUGAGGAAAGUUUACUGAAAGAAAAUCAUGGCGCUUUGAGCCACACGAGUAGUCAGCGAGUCCGUUGUUAGGCAGAACAAAAUCUUUCUAAUCCACGAGAUAAUAUCUGCUUCAUAUUUCAGAUGGUCAAAGAAAAGUGAAACGUCCUUGUGCGCUACAUACGUUCUUCGCAAUUUCUACAGCUAAUUACGUUUGAAAUGGGGCUGCAAUUCGAAAUAAAAUAGAUUAAAUUUUGUUCGACUACUGACCUAGCCUGCGUGUUUAGCGUUCGAAAGAGAUGGGGAAAGGGGAGGAUCGGUCGUGGAAGAACACGAAGGACAAGCCCGUUUCUAACGCCUGUCACGCACGCUCAAAAUGAAACUUCGUAGUUUGCUGCCGAGAGCAGAACAUUCCAACUUUCUUUAUUGAUUUUGCAUCAAUGCACGCAACAAUCUGAUUCCAUCUUUGCGAGCAAUGCACAAAUGUACAAUUUCCCAAUAAAUUGUAAGUUACACAACAGCUGCUGUAACGGUUUAACUUGUGCAGCAGGCCUCAAUCCGGCAUGGUAUAUUCUGAAAUUUACUGGUUUAAGACUGAUUUCGUACUUAGAUCUCCGUUCGAGAUUAUUUUAAUGCUUUCACUACAGUAGGUAUGAUUUUUAAUCGAGAUUUAGAUUGCCUCAGUACCACCAAGUUAUGAAGGCAACAAAUAUGAGAACAAAAUCUGAUUUGCUUCUAGUUUCCCUCGACAACAUACUUUUUUAGUGGAUUAGGCUAACGUUAUGUAAUUAAAGCCAUUCGAACGGUAAUACUUUACAUCUUCCUAGUUUGGGCACCAUCCUUGUCCUUACUGAUCCGAGUGUUCAGGCUUUGCGGCUUUUACUUGAUUGUAAGGUCAGUUUUUAAGCAGAAUUCGUUGAUAACAACAAGAUAACUCUACCUACAAUCAGCUGUAGUUCAGAGAUAAUUUGGGGCUCGCCUGAGAAACAUUUCGCGAUGCCACUCCGCUACUGGUUUCCCUGCGACGGAAAUGACGUCUGAGGAAAGAUCUCAGAAAUUCCAUGUUGAUGACGUGUCACUUACAGCUACUCAGAUCUGGGUAGUACUUCUGAUUGGUUGAAGAAAUUUUUAAGCAAAGCACUACCCAGAUCUGCGUCAUGAUGCGUCAUCAGUGUGGAAUUCAUCACCUAGUUCCAUCAUUUCGUAGGGAAACUACUCAUGGUGGCGUCGCAAAAUGUAGGCUGUUUUCGCAAGGCUAAUUGACCACUCCAGAUAAUACCAUAACAUACCAUAAUGCUCUUUGUUUGUCACCCUAAAAUUUUACAUAAGCAUUGUCUUCAGUUUCUCUUUGGAGUUAAAAUGGCCCCAAGCGAAACUGAAAACAAUGCUUAUGCAAAAUUUUUGGGUGACAAACAAAGAGCAUUAUGGUAUAUUAUGGUAUUUUCUGGAGUAGUCACAGUUUAGGGAUGGCUGGAGGGUGAUGUUUAUCUAUCGUAAAUUUUAAAGGCCGUUUGCUCAAAGAACAGCCCUUAGUGUAAAGCGUUUUGUCAAGAAUUUCUUUACGUACUGAUUUCUGAAAUUUAAAGUUUAACCCUCUUCAUUUCCCUUUACUUUAACUGCGAAAUUAUUAAUACUUUUACACUGUUUUCUCUUCAGGUGUAACAGACGCGGGGCAGCAUCCAAAGGAUCCGAAAUAUGUGGCACAUGUCACGUCAGUAGAAUUCAUUAACACCGCUAAAAUCAUUCGUCAAUACAGCUUCAAAACAACGGUACCAGAAUGGGUGGUUUCGUGUCAACGUUUCAGUGUUUGGGCAGAAAUGAUCUACCAGAUGCAGACCGAACAAGAGAUCCCAUUGAAAACAUUGAAGGAAUAAAACUAUCACUCUCCCAAGAGAUACAGUCACCUCGCAAAUCCGAAGAUGAUGGUCUAGAAAAUGAUUUGUACAGUGUCUCGCUUACUGAUACUCUUAACAGAUUUAGGCUGGAGAAACGUUUUACUGAUUUUAUCAUCAGUGUCGACGGGAACCACUUUUCAGCCCACAAGAAUGUCUUGGCGGCCAGCUGUGAGUUCUUCAGAGAGAUGCUCAAUACAUCUCAAGAAAAUUGUUACGAGAUCAAAAAUGUGGAACCCAAAGCCGUCGAUGAAGUUCUAACUUUCCUUUACACUGGAAAGUGUUGGAUGUGUGAACAAAAUGCUGCUUCAGUUCUUUCUGUUGCAGGUCUUCUGGGUUUGUGUGAUUUACAAGAUGCUUUGGAAAUUUAUCUUUCACCAGCGGAAAGUGCAUAUAGGCAUGAGCAUGCUUGUGCAGAAGGAAAAUUAUUCGUACAAAGUAAAAACUCGCUUUUGAUAGCAAUCCGGGGAUUUCAGGUUGAAGGAGUAUUUUGUGAUGUCUCAUUGACAACUAAUUGUGGAAGCAUUAUCCCAGUUCACAGAAACAUUCUGGCAGCGGUCAGUGGUUACUUUCAAGGGCUUUUACGAUCUGAAAUGAAGGAGGUGAAGGAACGAUAUGUUGACUUGACGAUGGUUGAUGGCGUAACUGCCAGUGAGCUGCUAAAAUUUCUUUACUUGGGAAAAAUUUCUAUCACUUUUGACAACGUCAAGAGCUUACUGCAGGCCAGUGAUUAUUUGUUGAUAGAUACCUUGAAGACGACAAUUGCCAAGUUUCUGACGGAUUCACUGUCUAUGUCCAAUUUUUGGCAGCUGUUCUCUCUAGUUAAAUCCUUCGGUUUUCUGAAAGAGAUUCCUAUUUCGAGAAUAGUCUGCAGCAAUUAUUGGGAUAUCAGCAACUCGGACGAAUUUUUAGAGGCGACAGAAGAGGAUAUGAAAUUUUUCUUAUCAAAUGACGAUAUUCUGUCAAGUGAAGCUCAAAUCUUAGAAUCUCUGAUCCGUUGGUACAAGUUUUCGAUGAAGCAAAGAAAAGGAUCCUUUCAAAACCUUCUUCAUCUCAUUCACAUGGCCAGCAUUCCAGAUUUGUAUCUCAAAUUCCUUGCCGAUAAGGAAGCGAUUGUUGAGUUGUAUUCAUAUGCUGGUCACCAAAGAAAAGAAAAAAUACCCUUGGGCGAGCUUACCAGAACCGCACACCUCUACAAUCUGGCGGUAGUGGGAAUUACAACGGAUCCCGACUGCCCUGGUAUCCAGAUGUUCUACUGGCUUCCGUUUGCAGGUCCUUGGUCGUACCUUUUUUCUAUACACACUCAUCCCAUAAAUUGGUGUGGAGGCCGGCCGUUUAUCUACCACAACUAUGUGCUGUACCUGCAACUGUACCGUCGAAUCCAACUUGGUUUCUUCAAGGGCCCGUUAACUGCAAGGAAAUCUAGAAACUCGUCGUUGGAUCCAGCUACCCUCACAGAAAGUUUGUCCACCGAAACUGAAGAUUGUGCCGCCGUUGCAUUGGACAGAUGUAUCUAUGUAAUAGGAGGAAUCUUUGAGAGCGAAGUUCUUAGCACUGUUCAACGAUAUAACUCUACUUCACAAUCGUGGGAAUGUGUCGCGAGCAUGCAAGAACAGCGUUACUACCACUGUGCUGUUAAUUAUCAAGAUAGGUAUAUUUACGUACUUGGCGGAGCGGAGGGUUUGGGUUGCCAGCAACGCAUUUACAAAUCAACUGUCGAAAGAUAUGACCCAGAGAAAAAUUGCUGGUCAUAUGUGGCGUCGAUGCAUCAACCUCGAAUUAAUGGCCUAGCUUGUGUGUUAACCCACAAAAUCUUUGUACUUGGGGGAGAAACGGUAGACGGUAAUCCUCCAAAUUGCGAAGUUUAUGACCCGUUGACUGACGAAUGGCAGAUGGGUUGUUUUCAGCUUAAAGAAGCUACUUUACCCAAGCUUAAUCCCCAUACUGGCAGUUUUCGCAGACAAUUGUUUGAAAGUGACGGCAAUGACGAUGGGUCUAGAGAUUCCAGAGCUCGUUCACCACAUAAAGCCUUUGACUGGCGCUUUGUCUACACUCCUUCUGUCACAUGUUGUAAUGGACUCAUUAUCCUGUUCGAUUUUGGUCUAUAUUGGGAUAAUGGAGUACGGCUUCCUGUGUACUUGGUCAACCCAGAAUCUGGUAACUUCAAGAUUCUGUAUUCCUUGUCAUCACCAUUCGAUGAAUACGUAUCACGUGGGGUCAUUACCCCUCUCAGCCGAAAGGACAUGAUGAGUGCGCUCGUUAGAGGUCUAUCCUGAGAACAAACUUGUUUUUAAUUUUGUCAUGUGUUAUAGAAAGGGAUACUCUGAGUCCCUCCUUUUUUACCACAUACAGUCAACUCCCUUUAUAGCGGACACUGUGGGAACCUUGAGUUAGUGUCCUCGUUAGCGAGAGUCCGUAAUAGCGCAAGUUUAUUUUAGUCAAAUAUCUGCAAUUUAUUUUUGCCUGGGAUUUAGCUGCUGUCCGUAUUAUCGGGGUGUCCGUUAUAACGGGGUGUCCGUAAGGCGAGAGUUGACUUUAAUUAUAACAAUACUAAGAAUGCUUCAUUUUCAUACAGCCAAACGUGAGCCAUGGCAUGAGCUUCUUUUUGGGGGCUACACGCACCAGGUGAUGCUGUUGAAGGAAUCCCAGUUUGAGACCAUGCAAAUCAAACCGGCUCUGGUUGUAGGGAUCUUAAGCACUGAACCACGACGACAAUCGCAAAACAAACGUAAAAAAGCAAAAAAUUAACAAAAAAAACAACUCAACACGAGUAUGAUACUUUGAUGGGUUUUACGUGCCUUUACUGGACGACUGCAAAGUGAAACUUCCUAACGUGAUGUUUUACGGAGGACGUAAACACACGAGGACGGGGUCGUACGAAUUCGACUCCGUUUAAGUCCUGGAAAAAUCCUCUGUAUUUGAAAAACUGAGUGACUUUUAAUCAUCGCGGUGAAGUUUGAAACACUGCGUAUUCAAAUUGUCUGAGACCUUUUUGAUGCCGUCGCCAUUUUGGUUGCUCAUGUUCGCUAUUUAUUCUUUUUUUUCUAGCAAAAUCAAUGUAUGCUUUUCUUUUAAUUUGAUCUGGACUUUUGAAGGGGUGAAUGAGCAAGUGACUGGUACCUGGCAAAAUCUGAAAACAAUAUUGCGAAAACGCACAAAAGAAACAUAAGAGCACCUUGACAAAAGAGCAGGUUUCUCUUGUUUGUAUUUUACAAAUUAUUUGCCGCUGCACAUAGACAAGAACUCCUCGAAUCUGAAGCUGUGAAUGAGUGUCAGCUCCACAUUUCUGUGAACAAAACAUCUUGCAUUUGUUCUGGCUCAUUAAUGAUAGGACUGGUUAUAGCCGUUCCGGACGAUGUCUAAAUUUGUCUCUGGCGUUACCGUUUACCCACGUGAAAUACAUAUAUUAUGAUCUAAAAUUGAUACGUUGACGACUGGGGAGUGGUCGGCCAUCUUCGAUUCUUUUGUUUGUCGACUACGGGCUUUCUGACUGUGGGGAUUCAUCUGAUAUGGAAAGAAUAAUAUAUAUAGGAACAAAGACGUUUAACAAGGAAUCUUGUCAAGGUAACGUAGUAGUCGCUUAAUUUAAAAAUUGUUUGGUUUACUCUAUUACUCCUGGUUAAGUGCAUUCUUAACGUUAUAUAUUAAACGAUUAAAAAUAUUACUACCAGUACAAAAAUAAUAACUAGAUAACAGAGUUAAGCAGUCCCCGUUAAGGGACGUUUCAACAGCUGGGUCUUCCUCAGACUACACUGGAGAGUAAUGACAAUUGCAUCCGGCACUCCACAACUUCCACCAUCAAAACUAUGUCGCCAUUGUUUCUUUGCCAACUCAACUUGUUGUCCGUUGAUUAAAAAAUCCUGUUGCCCGUGUAGACGUCCCUUUUUCUUAGGGCAUGUUUUGUCUAUUAGGAAUUUCUUCAGAAGUUGUGCCAUUUUUAAAACAGUAGAGGAAACGAAGACGCUUAACUUUCCGCUCCACUAAUCGAUGUCUGUUUUGGAGCAGUGACUGCCUCUAUGUGGUACGGAUAAUUAUCAGAAGAGUUUGAUCAGAAAUGGUAGAAGGUCAAUGAUUGUGACUGCCGGAUCAUUGUCCUUUAUAUCGUUAAAGUUGUAGUGAGCAAGUUUUCAAUGUAAGAUCUUUGCUUUGCUGUAGCCUGUGGAAAACACUGUUUACGGUUACGUCGACAUCAUUGUUGUUGUGCCCAUUUUAUAAUGAUAAAUUUCAGCUGAAAAGAAUGCUUCAUUGGACCACCCAAGUUACUGUUUUGUAGAAACCAAAAACGACUUGGAAUUGGAUUUUGAAUCUGAGUUUCAACAAAUUUCCAAAAUCAGAUAAUGUCGCCAUGGAGAUAGUCACUUGCUGCGAGUUUUCAGCUAUAGUGAUAGACAUUCUCUAUCAAUUACGGUGUGCGGCUAAGGUUUUAUCAAAACAGACAAUCUAGCUGACUUACCCACCAAACCAUCUUUAUAAGUCAUGCCUAAAUUCAAACAGUCUGUAUCCAAAAGGCCUGAUCGAUAUGAGCACAGCCAUCAGGCCACCUAACAUGCCCUGUUCAAGAUGCCGAGGCAGUCAACUUACUCUCAAUGGACACCUCUGUAAGCGAUCCCUUCAAGUUGGUCCUUGCUAUUCUUCAGUCACUUGGCGAUAUCGUACUGAAGGACACUUAAGACCAUUCCCAGCGGUGUCUGUCUCAGAGGGAGUUUGGAGUGUCAUCAAUGCCCAAACGCUUUGCCAUGUGGAUGAUACCUUAGGCGACUAAAAGACUGCCCAUGGCUGCCACUUAGCCACUGCCCGGAUAGUGGCUGUGCGCAUGCGUGGUGCAUAGUUAUAUCAAGGACGUGACUCUUUCCAUUCCGUAUGGUUUAUCAAAAGUCAGGGGCGUAGCCAGCCCAUAGACUUGUAGAGACGGGCCUACAAAUUUUUUGUUUGAUUACUCUACCGCUUGUAAUAAAUUAUUCGUUGUUGGGGUGAUUUAAAAAUCUCAAGAGCUCGAAGUGUUGGUGAGGUUCGUGCGUACUAGUAAUGCGUGCAGUUUUCAGGAUAUGUGGAAAUGAAAGUUAGCCAGGCCUACAACUAGUCGAAAAGCUGGCUACGCUCCUGAAAGUACACCAAUCCUAGCUAGCGCCGAGAAUUGAAAAGCAUGCAGCACCGCCUCUGAGACUUUUCCGCCUUCUAAUGUUAAUUAGUUUGAUUCCUAGCUUACUAGGCCAGAACAAGAUCUCAAAACCGAUGCUGUAUUUAUCGGAAGAAGCUAAGCUUGGUAUCGUGAGUGGGGCUAUCGCUAUCCUCAUUCUUAUGGUGAUCUGUAUGAUAUGUAAACUGAGCAAGCUACACAAGCAGCCAGCUUACAAAGACUCUUCGUAUCUGAAACAGACCAACAAAACACCCCCAGGAAAAGUUCCGCUAGCUCAGUAUCCCAGCUUUGCCGUGGAUUGUAGCGAGUGUGAGCAAGAAAAACUGAGCAAGAUGAAAGAGAACGUAGAGCAACAAACUGAGCAAAGGUUUAGUCCACCUAGAAGUAAAGGAACGAUUAAAUUCUCAAUGAUUUAUCAAAGUAAUUUACAUAGUCUGUUACUGAGCAUUAUUGAAGCAAACCAGUUGGUUGGAAAAGACUUCUGGGAUACCGUAGAUUCUUACGUCAAAUUGAGGCUACAACCGGACAACGAGGGAAUUUUAAGGAGGCAAACCAAGGUUGUCAGGAAAUCUAAAAACCCUAAAUACGGCGAAAGUUAUGAAUUCGACAUGUCAUUACAAGACGUUCAAGACUCGACGCUUCAUUUGUCUGUCUGGGAAAUUGAUAAAUAUUCCCGGCAUCACAUAAUUGGAGAGCUUCAACUAGAACUAGGUCACGUGAUCAAGGCUGAUGAGUCGGCUGCUUUUGACAAGGAGUUAAGGUCGUUUCAGAGGGUGAGUUAAACUUCCGGUUAACUAUUUAAAGAAAAUCUUAGGGGCUGUUCACACUUGGUGCCUGAGAACCAGAGCCUGGGCAUCGGCACAAAAUGCUUUGAGUUCACAUCUUGAGUACACGAUAUGUAACUGUGUUCAUAAUUACCCCCAUUUCGCCAUGUCAGACGCCAUUUUAAAACAUGAGCUUAGCAGCGAGUACGAAAAGAACUAACCAAAACGGUGUGCACCCAGGAAGCCUCGAGUUGGUGCCCUUGCUCACAGGAAUGUGGGAAAGGUCUAUUGGUAGCUUGUUGUUGUUCAAGACUAACACCCGUCAAAAAGACCCGAACCUGACGAAAAGUUAAAACAGGGGCACCCAACGUCAAUUUUUGGAAAAUAUCUGUUCGGAAGACGAUUUGGGAUCUAGAAUUUUCGGAACAUUUGUUGUAAGAUUUCUUGCUUGCCUGCCUCUCCUAGGAUUUUCGAAGAUCUAAAAAAUGUUAUAAUUGCCUUUUUUAACGGAUUUUUACGCUAAAAAGGUCACCUAGAAUUUUCGGGAGCCUUUUUUCUGGCUGAAAUUUUCGAAAAGGUAAGUUUUUAUCCCUAUGAGUUUCGGAUCACUAGACUUUCAGCUAGGAAAUCCGAACAGAUGAAAACUAUUUAGGGGAUAAAAAUAUGCCUAUAUCUAUCGUUUAAAUCCUAAAAUACGUUUAACAAUGCUAUGUUUAAAUGGUUUUGAACUAUAUUCUCGUUGGGUGCCCCUUUUAAAGAUAAGUAUUUUAACCAGCCAUCUCUCGAUUCUUAUGAUCCUAGUAAAAUCAAACAUCUUCCCUGUUUAAACUAAACCGUCUUUCUCAUCUUCCUCCCAGACAAAAGCCAACCUGGGUGAGAUAUUAUUUUCUCUCAGUUAUAUGCCUACCGCUGAAAGAAUGUCUGUGGUUCUGAUGAAAGCCAGGAACCUGAAUCCACCUUUCAGUGACUGGAACACUGAAUCAAGGCCAAUAAGUAAGUCUCAAAAACCCAGGAUUUGAUUUGCUUGAGCUUUACGAGCCAAGCGAGGCGAACGAGGCAUUUUGUGCGAAGCGCGAAAUGUGUCCUCCCCUCGUCUCGCGCUUCGCGCAAAAUGCCACGUUUGCCUCGCUUGGCUCAUAAAGCGCCAGUUAUGCAGGCUAGAUUUGCGCUUAAGGGCCUUCGAGCUACGCAACCACGACGGCAAUGAGCUCGAUUACCAGCCGCUUCGGAAAUAAGCCGACGUUCCUCCCCCUCGAGGCGGUACAAGACAGGCAACGAGAACUUCAGGAAAGCAAUUGGUUAAAAGCAAAACAACAGCCCUACACGUGCAUCACGUAUGCUUCUUGUACAUUUCAGCUUUGCCGUCAGUGCACGAUAAAGUCGUGAAAUUUCCUAACCUGUGAAACACGCGUUGUUGGAGGGCGUGCGCAAAGCGCGAGCGAGACGAAGCGAGGGGUAGUUUCGCUCUUCAGGCUUGCGCAUUAAAAUCGGCCUUAGCAUUCCCAAUAACGCCCGUUGAGCAGGGUUGAAAUUUCUCAAUUUCACGUUUUAUGGAGGAGGCAAACAUAGACGACGUUUUUCUCUUUCUUCCUUAACAAUUUACCUGUAAGAAAAUUCGUCAGUAUCUGACAAAUUUAACGAGAUGGAACAAUAGCGAUGAAGAUUGAUAUCACGCGAAUUCAGUUUUGAAAAGACGUUUUUGCUGCCGUUGCAGUUGUGGUUACUUUCCCGGGAGAAGUCAGUCGCGUGAACUAGCGAUUAGCCUGUACGGGCGUUCGGAUAGUGGAGUGUGGCGCAAACUAAGAGAGCAGGAAAAAAUAAUUAGGAAGAGAGGGAGGAGAGGGAGAGAGAAGGAAACUCUCGCUCUUACCCCUACCUCUCCCCAUUGCCCUUUUUUUUCUGCUCCCAUCUCGAUCUUUGUGCUGUCCCCACGAUCUGAACGCCUGGAACAGUCUAACCAGCGAUAUCCCACCGUACUCAUACCAUUUUGCCGUUUUUAAACAGUUUUUUCUGAAAUAGACUGUGCGGUUCUUUUAAUUUUAGCUUUGACUCGUUAAAGGUCUACCGAAAAUUGCUUACUGCAAAAAUUCUAUUUGAACUGAAGUUUGGUAUUAAUUUAUGAAUUUUGAUUUUGAGGGGGUCUCCCUCCGAAGUUCAAUAAGAACUUUUCGUUUAUUUUUCGAAGAUGACCAGACUGCACUGACGGCAAAUCGAUAAGUUCUUCCCUUGUGUUCACAGAUCCAUUCAUAAAGGUGGUCCUUCUUUUCGACGGCAAAAAAGUGAAGAAAAAAAAAACUUCCACCAGGAAACAAGAAACCAACCCAGUGUACAACGAGUGUAUGAUGUUCGAUGUCCCCCCUGACCUCCUUCAUAGAAUUCUCUUGGUUAUCUCAGUCGCUGACUCGAGAACAGACUCGGCGAGAAGUGAUGUGAUUGGUCGAGUGGUUAUAGGUUCAGGAACUACAGGGGAAUCGCUUAGACACUGGCACCAGAUGCUCAUAUCACCUAGGCGACCUGUAGCGGCCUGGCACCGCCUUAGACUGUGAUUUGUAUAAAACAAAAAGGAACCAACUUCAAAGUUACGUCGUGGCUUGUAUUUGUUUUAAGUCACGCUGGUAAAAAAGACUUUGUUGAAGUGGGACAGAGGAGACUUGAAAAAAUGGGGCAUGGAAGAGAUGCGCAUAGAAAGAAGGGAGGAAUUUCAGUCGCUACACUUGUCUUAAUUUCGUAGUUAUCAUUAUCAUUAUAAUUAUUAGAAACCUACUCCCACUUGAAGAUGGUGCAGUGUUCGGCGUGAGAGAGAGGGAGAGCUCGGUCGAUCGCGAAACCAUCUUUUUAACGUGAAAAUGAUUGAACUGAGAAAAUCAAAAGAAUUACUAUUUUUGAUCUGUGAUUUAUCAAUAAAUUAGUCUCCGACUGACAGUUCAUCCAAGAAGUUUGUUUGUUCAUUUGUUUCUUCUUUGUCUGGGAAGAGACGUAUGUUUUCAGGGUUUUUUAAAAAAACAAUUGAUUUGGUAACCUGCGAAAACAGCCGUCCCUCCUCGCUAGGAGCCAGGAGGACGGCUGUUUUCUCGGGCUGUUGAUUUGGGGUUGGAAAAUAAUGCUUAAUACAAGGGCACCCAACAACUGUUUUCGGUAAAAUAUCUGUUAGGAGAAGCAUAUAUUGCCUAGAAUUUCCUAUUAUUCGACGACGGCUAAAAUUUCUCGAUGACCGUUCUAUUCAUGUACAAUUUUCGAAGCUCAUCUAAAAAAUUCCCUACGAUUUUCUGAAGUUUCACAUUUCACUCGCCAGGGUAGGCUAUUUUUCGAAAAAAAAGGAAACCUAAAAUGUCGGAUUCAAAAAUGUGUUUUACAAUAACUGUGCGAAUCCUUGGGCGCUGAUUGGUCGAGAGCAAUGGUCUAUGAGAGGAAGGCCAUGGAAAUGACGCAACAUGUCACGCAGUGCCGGUUGUUUUGUUUUGGGGUUUUCUUAAAAAAAAAUAAAUGUUAUUGUAAAAAACAAAUCGACCACAAUUGUCCAUGGUCCACACUCUUACAGAGCGUAGAAAUGACGCCAUAUAAUGUUCAAAUCUUUGCAGUGAAACUACUCGCCUGCGGGUCGUGGUUCCAUUUUAUGACGUCGUUUCUAUGGUCUAUAAGAGUGUACACAAUAGAAAAUUGUGGUCGAUUUGUUAAAUGGAGAGAGAAAUCAGAAAAAUUCUCAUUUUUGUAAUCCGUUAAAUUGCAUCUAAAAUUUUCGGUCGAAAAUAAUACUGAAGCCCUUGAAAUUUCGAAAAGACUCAAGUUGCCCUAGGAUGACCGAACAGAUACAAAUUUUAUAGCGUCGCUGUGAAUGCAUUUCUGGAGAUCUAAAAGUGCCUUCGACAGCCUUGAAAAGUGUUUUCAAUGAAUUUAGGAAGAAAACGUUGUUGGGUGCCCCUGUUAAUAGUGUCUCAACGUUGGAAGUGAAUCUAGUAAGAUCUGCGAAGAAGGCUAGCAAUUCCACGGAGCAACAAUGACGACAACAAGAUCCAACAUCAGAUAUUGAUAAAGUAUACAAGGUAUAAAAUACCCUCGACCCAGGUACAGGUACUAAUUACAAGAACCGCAAGCGUAAACAGUGAAUUUUUUCUAGUUUAGAAGACGUAAUAAAUAAGUGAUCGUCAGUGGAAGAAUUGUGUUAUCUUUAUCAGAACCGUUUUAUAUGUAAAAUAAUAUACUUAUUUUUCAUUUUAUAGCCCGUCAUUUCUAGUCAUUUAACUGCAUAGAGAGUGGAGAAAGUGAUAUUAUCAGAGUCGUUCGUGGUUAUUUGUGUAUUGAUCAUCUAUUAUAUAGUGAAUUUUCUAGAAGUUCAAGUUCUACGCAUCUUUGGACUCAAAGCCGCUAAAGCAAUAUAAAAACCCAGUUUAUAAACACUGAUUGAAGACCAACUUGUAGAUUACUCGGCUGAAAAAUCAGAACUCCUGCAUGCUCAGUCAAUAAAUCUAAUUUUUCAUGUGCAGUAAUUUUUUGAGGAUCAAAUUUAUCAGCCUGUUGGAAAAGAACCUUACAACAUUCAAAACAUUUCCUGCAUUCACUGACAAUCCACACGUACGUAUCCGGAUCUUUUGAAAACGGAAAGUUGUUUUGCGGAGUAGCUCGCGCACGUAUUAGAUGAAAACGGUCCUUGAAAGUUUGUGAAAACGCUCUUCAAUGUGGACAUUUUUGAAAACGCUACACGGAGUUUCCGGUAUAUUCAAGUGGACAGAUGAAAACGGAAAAAAAUAAAGAAUGUUUCAUUAACUGUCACCUUUUUCCUCUACAGCGUAUCUUAAUUGUUUCUUUCAGGCAAAAUGUUCAAGCUUGUUCUUUCAGAAUACGACAUAAUCAGUAGGGCUUAACGAUUUGUCAGGGGUGAUAGGAGGUUCUGAGUAUGUAUGUUUAUUAGGUGCAUAAACAACUUAAAUGACUUAAAAGAUCAGCACAUUUAAAGCCAAUCCGUCUUAAUGAAAUGUCCUUUUCCAUUCAGAAACGGUUGCUUAAGGAUGGAAGAAAACGAUUUGAAAAUGAUAUGUGGUCGUGAAUUUUAUCAAAAACUACAAAAAAAUCCGGUUUUCAAAAAAAGGGCAAUAAAAUUGAAUGACUAAUACGCAACCCUCAGAGACCUACAAGAAUAUACAAAUUAGUUUUGUUCUUAUGCUGCUGUUGUUGUUUUUUUUGUUCUAUUAUUGGAGCUGUAAUAUAUGCAAUCAGAAGCCUAUAACUCUUCUUCUCCGGAUGCAAUACUCUUGGUGCAAGCUGGCCAAGUCAGUUUUUACGAAAAACAUUAAAACUUAUUAAGACCUUUCACUUUUACACUCUAGGCUAGAAGUGAAGUUAUAGAAAAACUCUUCAACAGAAACACCAGCUACAAUACACGAGUGGAACAACUAAGAAGUAUAAUUUUUUGAAGACAUAUUAUAAGCGAAAACGCGCGUCAUUCCACGAGCCCCCAGUGGUCGAUGGACUGAAAGCCAUUAUUAAACCGUAAAGAUAAUGGACAUAAUGAAUUUUUGUGGCAUAUGUCAUGUAGAAAAAUGAAACCUUUCUUCUCCCUUUAUCAUACAAGUUGAGUUUUCACGCCUUUAAAAACCCAAGAGAACUCGAAACGACUUCUUUUGGAAACAACGACCUCGGGCUUGUGAUUGCCAUUAGUUUUACAUGCAGUUCCCUUUUGGACCGACAGGGUCUUUCAGCAUUCAGGGCUUUAAUAAAAGGAGAAAACAGCCCCUUAUUUGGGUCUAAUUGACUUCUUCGCGAAUCAUAAAACUCCCAGAACGUUUUUCAUAUCUUAGCAGGCGCUAAAAUAUAAUAUCGAGAGACAAAAACGCCAGAAAGAUGUAUAAUCACAUUGGAUUUUUUACGUUAACAUACAAAUUAAAGAAAGUUAAUUUCCCAGAGCACUGUAGAUUGUUUGUUAAUUUGCAUUUGAAAGGUUUUAACAACCUAUUAUUACGUUUGUAGGUGGGUAUAUUUAGCUUGCGUUUGCAUUUUCAAUUUCUGUCGGUCUUUUUAUCAAAUGACCUGUCAAAUACUGUUGCUUACUCUCAAGCUCAGGAUGUAAAUUACGUCACGGUAUAAAUUACCAAUUAUUGCUUCGGUUAAAAGCACUUUCGUUGAGAAGGUUUGGGUUUUUUUACGUCAAGUUGAUGAAUCUGUGUCGUAAGUCAAAAACGUUUCAUGAAUUUAACUUCCAGUGUGGUAAAAAGUCACCAAACCAUAAAUUCCAGAAGUUAUGAGUACUUUAGAUGGAAUCUUCGAUUCACAGCUGGGAUUAACAUGCAUUCGAGUUUUGCUAAAGGUAGGUGACAUUUAUUUUACGUGGUUAAAGUUUCAAGUAACUUAUUCAGAAACAUUGUAGAAUAGUGCCAACGAUCGUCUUUCAGCUUUAGAACGCUAAAGCUUUCAAAAAAGAUGUUUUUACAUUGCAGAUUGCGAGAUUACUUAUGCAAACAUGAACAAAGAAUCCAGCUGCCUUUUAACGCAGGAAAAAAUAUGUAGCUGCACGUUUAUUUCCCUUUCAAAACAUGACAGUACCGUACCUCGGUACUUUGAAUUCCUUAAUGAUAAAAAGCGGAAUAAUGAACGCAGUCGGGUGUGAAAAAGGCAAAAAUUGACUUUCACUAAAUUUCAAAAUUUCGUAAAUUGAUAUUUUCUAUAGUUACAAUAGUAUGCAGUAAUACAAUGUUGUUUAAAAGUUUCAGAUGACAAGUUUUUUGGUAGCUAAUUAAAAAUUUAAACCCCUAGUUAGAUCAGUCUUCAAAUAUGUCCUCGGUCGCAUGCAAUAAAAGGAAAUGGCAACCUUCAGACCGGAAUAAUAUUUGAUAUAUUGUUGGAUUGGAAAAGCAGAACUACAGGGUAAUAGGUUUUCAUAGAGAACAAACUGGAUUGAGCCGUCUUCUUGGACCUGUUGAAAUCGCAACCGGUCGACUGAAUCAAUUGCUCCAUUGAUUACUGUCUGGUAAGGAAUCAGGAGUUAAGUCCGUUUGUUUAUGGAGAGUUAAUAUUUAGAACGCUACUAAGAACGUUUUACCUAUUAUUUAGUACUUAACUGGAACCGAAAUGUCUGGUUUAAUAUUCGAGUACGCCAACUUCGAGUAGCUAUGGACUAAAAACUGAAAAACGCGUUUAUAUAAAAGCGCUGGGUUAAAAAUGGUCAAAUGCCCGUCAGUUGAUCGAUAACAAGUGUCACAAGUCAGGAUACAAAUAUAAAAUUCAUUCAGUAAUGAGCGCAUAAACUGGCGUUAUAAAUUUUAUCUCGAACUUUCUGGCUUUUGAAGUAUCGCGGUUCCUUNUUGCUCCAUUGAUUACUGUCUGGUAAGGAAUCAGGAGUUAAGUCCGUUUGUUUAUGGAGAGUUAAUAUUUAGAACGCUACUAAGAACGUUUUACCUAUUAUUUAGUACUUAACUGGAACCGAAAUGUCUGGUUUAAUAUUCGAGUACGCCAACUUCGAGUAGCUAUGGACUAAAAACUGAAAAACGCGUUUAUAUAAAAGCGCUGGGUUAAAAAUGGUCAAAUGCCCGUCAGUUGAUCGAUAACAAGUGUCACAAGUCAGGACACAAAUUUAAAAUUCAUUCAGUAAUGAGCGCAUAAACUGGCGUUAUAAAUUUUAUCUCGAACUUUCUGGCUUUUGAAGUAUCGCGGUUCCUUUCGAUUCUCGGAUUUGUGGUUCACCAUAGGUUAAACCGGACUUGUUUGUAUUUUAUUUAUUGCUGGUUUUCACAGUCACAACUCACAUGUAAAUAGUAUGGAUAUGGCAACUUAAUCUUCCGCUAUCGCCAAUACCACCAUGACGCUAUACUGCUGGAGCUGUUUCCUACCUUAAUAUGAAAAAACUUGAGCUUUUUCCUCAUUGAGAAAGUUCCUUUUAAAAACUGUUUGUGACCUCGCACCAGUCCUUCCCGCCAAAGUUUUCAAUGAGCGCGGUAAAAUUGGAUAGCAUUCUCGAUUUUCUUCCUGUGGGAGCUUUUACCAAAAUGGCCGUGUUCGGAUUUCGUACCGUACAAGGCGUAUUGUGGAUUUUCUGUACGUAAGUAUUUAAAUAGGGAAGUUUAACGUUUUAUUAAAAGGUCAUCCGUAAAGUUUAAGCUGAAUCGAGCCGUGACAGUAGAUGCAAAUUAGAUGUUUAUCCGAAGAUUUCGGCCGUUGGGUAUAUUUUUAUAUUGAUCUUCAGACUUAUAAACGCCUAACGGUUUAAAGCUAAUGUUGAUCCUUCAGAAUGCAUGUUUUAAAUCGCACAUUCAGUUAUUUUCUCGGUAAAUUAAGAGCCUUAACUUGCAAAUCGAGGCUUUUUGUGCCCUUAAAAAUUGAAUAAGAUUUUCUACAGUAUAUCGCCAUCACCCAGCGGGAUUCAUUGUCUGGAAUGAACAAUCUUUUAACAAAACGGCAGGCAGCCUACAUUCCGUGACAAGUUUAUUCAAAAGAGGUGAUACCAGUCUUGCUUAUUAGUGAAUUAGAUUUAUCUAGAUUAAGCUUUUCAGCAUCUUAUCAUAUCCUCUACAAGGAAGAUUUGCAUUUUGUUAGGGGCAUUGCAAGCGGUCGGGAGAGGAGACUGAGUGGUAAUGACAGUGAAGUGGUGGGCCAUGAGAAGAUGUGCUGAGAUUUGAAGUCUGUGAAUGCAAUGAUUUACAGGCUUAGCUUCUUAGUGGGGAAGCAAUCAGAUAUAAUGUUGCCAAAAGGCAUGGAUUUUUUGUGGCAGGCAAUGCAAUAGGUGUGGGGUGGGGAGGGGUUGGCCAGGGUAAGAGAAAGAAGAAUGAAGUGAAUACUAUUGGAACAAUGCAUGCAUGUGGACAGCAAAAUAACUUUGGCAGUAAGAAGAGCCAAUCAGAUUACUCAAAAGACAUUAUCUUUAUUAUACAGCAUACCAUAUUCUGUGUCUUGGUUAAUCGCCUUCCUCGAAUAAUCAGCCCACAUCAACCCCCUUCAGUCUUUCACAAACAUUGUCACAGCUGUUUGCAUCAAUUUGUAUUUGCAGAAUAAUGCUCAAUACUUUGUUGUCCAAUCCAGAAAGCAGCUGAGAAAGACUGAUUGGUCAAUGGCUUGAAUUGAGCUUCAAUGACCCAAAUUUAGAACACUCUUAAAGCCUGUGUUCACUCCAUUAAAUGUGAUUGUCUUAUGACUGAAAAAGAAGAUUUGAAGGGAAGUACUGAAAAAAUAUAUAGUCACCCUCCAUUGCUCUCUCUAGAAUAAUCACCUUUUUGGUGCUUAAAGAGAAAAGAUUUCCUCCGCCUAUUGUUCCAGGAAGUAUGGUAUGUCAGCACAAUGCAUGUCUUUAAAUUUGGUUUAAUUUACUUUCAGAACCAUAGGGUACUUUAGCAAGCUGUGUUAAAUUGUAUCUGGAAAGAAAGCCCAUGGGAGUUUCAACACUUUCAAACAGAACCAUAAAACUGAACAAAAGUGACGAGGAGGACAGCAAGGAGGAAAAAGCCAUGCCAACAAUCAAGCCUCACAAUGUACAAACUCCAAAACCCCAGGCAGCAAAAGUGGAAGGAAGUACGUAUUUAAUUGGAUAACUUAGACAUUUUAUGGACUGUUUUUAUAAAUACAGGUUAAUGAUAAUGGAUACAUUAGAAUGUUGAGUGACAUUAACCUUCAAUAUCUAGAAAAGGAAUAAUAUUUUUUUCCUGAAUAGUUAAUUAGAAGGUACCGAGAAGAUCUCUUGUCACAAAUGCAUCACCUAAUCAUGGUGAACAUUGACUAAAAGUAGUGUUGGGAAACAGUUGAGAUCUCAUGAAUUGAUCAUUGGAAAUAUUGGAUUGACCCACUUGAUCAAUCAUUGAUUAUGAUUAUGCAAAAUUUCCUUGUUUUUAUUUUUCACCUUUGUGCCAGUCAAUGUACAUGAGUCUUUUGACUGUAGACCCGUCUAAGCUUUUAUUUUUUUCUGUGCUUUUGGUUAAUCAAAUUCUCUUUUUUCUGUAAUUAUAAGAUUUUUAAAAAGGCAACACACAAGUUUAUGCUUAUAGUUGUCAAUAAAAUAUUUAUUUAUUUUUUUUUCAGUGCAAUAAUCGAUUGAACAUUUCCAAUAAUUGAUUAUUGCAUCGCUUAAAGAUUUCAAUUGAUGAUUGAUUAUAAUCGUCGAUCCGCUCACCACUGACUAAAAGUUAUAAUCCUUUUUAAUAUUUUACAGUACCCUGGUGGAUGGUAUUUGCCGUUGGUCUGCUUGGUUUUCUCAUAGUUGCCGUUUGCUGCUACUGUUUUUGUUAUCGGAAAUGUUGUAAGAAAAAGAAGAAGGAAGAAAAAAAAGCUGCAAAAGAAAAAGUUGACCUGAAAACAGUACAGCUGCUAGCAGCUAGUUACCAGGAAAAAGUUCAACCAUCUGUGGACGAGUUAGAUUACAAUAGUGAUGAAUUCCAGUCUGAUGGCAGUUCAGGAGUUAAAAUAGGUAUAGACAAAAAUGUAAUGUCUAAUUUUGUUGUAAGCUUAUUUCCACACAGCUAGACCUUUGCAUGGCUGGGAUGAGCCCAGGGGGAGUGGGUAAUCGACCAAAGUUUGGGUUUUGGUGAGCCACUGAGGGUUUGAAACCCUGACUCUUUUUAGGACAAAAAAACCCUAAAAUAUGUACCCUGUUUAGGACAACACCCUCAAUUUUAUUACCCUGUUUAGGAUAAAGGACGAAAUGCACGCCGUCUUCUUUCAAGGGCAUUUAUUGGCAAUUGCAGUAGAGCAAAUUCACAUUAUAGUUAUUAUUACUUCUGUAUACUUGGAGUACAAACAAAAUAAUAAAUUCUUUCAUCAAGCAAAUCAAAUCAAUCAUGCAGGCAAACCUCUGUUUAUAAUUAGGCCAAACUUAUGAGAAAUUAUAAACCCUGUUCAGGACAGAUAGGACAAAAACCAUAUCCUGUCCAGCGGCACAUCUCCGUAUAGGCCAUAUAAGGGAGUACACCCUCCAGGUCACGCCCAUCCUCAGUAGGAGACAUAAAAGUACUGUCAUCUAUGAAUAAUUUUGUACUAAAUACAUUGACUAUGAAAUUAAAUUGUGUGCUUUUUUUGCUGUGACUAGGUCGAAUCCACUUCACCCUAGACUACAGUUUCAAUGAGAAUUCACUGACAGUGGGGGUGAUAGAGGCACAGGAUGUCCCUGCUAAAGAUUUUAGUGGAACAUCUGAUCCGUAUGCUAGAGUCAUGUUAUUACCAGACAAAAAAAAGAAAUUUGAAACCAAGGUGUGAAAUUACAGACUUUUUGGUUUGUUGUGACUUCUCUUGGAUUGUAUACAGCAGAACUUUGAUAUAACAAACCUCUAUAUAACAAACGAGGAAACUUUGCCAGUCCCUCGGCCCUUCGUUAUAUAGAGGUUCCACUGUAUAAGACACAUAAUUAAUUUUGAACUGCUCAGUGUGGCAGGUUUCCAUCAAAAAAUGUAAACAUGGAUAGCUUUCUUUCAAUGUGAUGCCCGAUCAUAUACAGUUUCAAACCUCCUAUGGAGAUGUCAUAAAACUUAACCUGGCCAUAUGUAUUUUUGAAUAUUAUUAUGUCCAAUAACAGUAAAACAGAAAAUUGAUGAGAAAAAUUAAAUAAUGCUCUUUAAAAACUUAUAAGUUACACGUAAAUGCCAAACGAUUAGCAAGUCACACGUGGCCCUGGCCAUCUUUUUAUUGAGCCAAAGUUGCAAAGAAAUUGUAAAAGUUGCAUAAAAAGGUGACAUCAAAACAUUAAUUAGUAAAUUAACAAAGGUUUUUUUUAUUUUUUGUAAUUUUAUAGAGAUCCUCAUUUGGCAUCCCAUUCUUCCAUCCCUACAAUUUUGAUCUCAUCUGCAACUCUACUCGUAACAGUUUACUCUCCCAUUUUAUAACAGUCUGAAGCUGUUUUUCAAUUAACCAUGUUACUAAUUAAAGAAACUCUGAAUAAAUUCUGAUCAAUGACACACUUUUCUUCAUAUCUUUAGGUUCACAAGAAAACUCUAAAUCCUAUAUUCAAGGAAACGUUUGUGUUCAAGAAUAUUCCAUACAGCGAAAUAACAAAUAGAACUCUUUGUAUCGAGCUCUACGACUUUGAUCGCUUUUCCAGACAUGACAUUAUUGGAGAAGCCAAAUUGCCAUUAAUUGAUGUUGAUUUAGCAACUAAUAUUGAUGAGUGGCGUGCUCUGAUUCCACCUUCAUCUUCAGGGGGCCUCACUGGUGUACAUGUAAGUUAAAUUUCUUUGCGUUGAGCCUUGUGUAUACUGAGGACCAAAGUAAUGUAAAACUUGAAUUCUUUCAAACCAGAAGCAUAUAGGUUAUACUUCUGUUUGAAACCUAGGGAACAGCAUAGGGUGAGAAAAUGUCUUACAUUUCUGACUACCUUCUCACCUUAAAUCACAUUUAGUACUUAACUGGAACCGAAAUGUCUGGUUUAAUAUUCGAGUACGCCAACUUCGAGUAGCUAUGGACUAAAAACUGAAAAACGCGUUUAUAUAAAAGCGCUGGGUUAAAAAUGGUCAAAUGCCCGUCAAUUGAUCGACAACAAGUGUCACAAGUCAGGAUACAAAUAUAAAAUUCAUUCAGUAAUGAGCGCAUAAACUGGCGUUAUAAAUUUUAUCUCGAACUUUCUGGCUUUUGAAGUAUCGCGGUUCCUUCCGAUUCACGGAUUUGUCGUUCACCAUGGGUUAAACCGGGCUUGUUUGUAUUUUAUUUAUUGCUGGUUUUCAGUCACGGCUCACAUGUAAAUAGUAUGGAUAUGGCAACUUAAUCUUCCGCUAUCGCCAAUACCACCAUGACGCUAUACUGCUGGAGCUGUUUCCUACAUUAAUAUGAAAAAAACUUGAGCUUUUUCCUCAUUGAGAAAGUUCCUUUUAAAAAUUGUUUGUGACCUCGCACCAGUCCUUCCCGCCAAAGUUUUCAAUGAGCGCGGCAAAAUUGGAUAGCAUUCUCGAUUUUCUUCCUGUGGGAGCCUUUACCAAAAUGGCCGUGACCAAAUAUAUGUCGGAUUUCGUACCGUACAAGGCGUAUUGUGGAUUUUUUGUACGUAAGUAUUUAAAUAGGGAAGUUUAACGUUUUAUUAAAAGGUCAUCCGCAAAGUUUAAGCUGAAGCGAGCCGUGACAAUAGAUGCAAAUUAGAUGUUUAUCCGAAGAUUUCGGCCGUUGGGUAUAUUUUUGUAUUGAUCUUCAGACUUAUAAACGCCUAACGGUUUAAAGCUGAUGUUGAUCCUUCAGAUUGUAUGUUUGCAUCGCACAUUCAGUUAUUUGCUCGAUAAAUUAAAAGCCAUAACUUGCAAAUCGAGGCUUUUUGCGCCCUUAAAAAUUGAACAAGAUUUUCUAUAGACUCUACAGUAUGUCGCCAUCACCCAGCGGGGUUCAUUGUCUGGAAUGAACAAUCUUUUAACAAAACGGCAGGCAGCCUACAUUCCGUGCCAAGCUUAUUCAAAAGAGGUGAUAAUAUUUGUUUUAUGGUUACCAGUUUUGCUUAUUAGUGAAUUAGAUUUAUCUAGAUUAAGCUUUUCAACAUCUUAUCCUAUCCUCUACAAGGAAGAUUUGCAUUUUGUUAGGGGCAUUGCAAGUGGUCGGGAGAGGAGACUGAGUGGCAAUGACAGUGAAGUGGUGGGCCAUGAGAAGAAGUGCUGAGAUUUGAAGUCUGUGAAUGCAAUGAUUUACAGGCUUAGCUUCUUAGUGGGGAAGCAAUCAGAUAUAAUGUUGCCAAAAGGCAUGGAUUUUUUGUGGCAGGCAAGAGGUGUGGGGUGGGGAGGGGUGGCCAGGGUAAGAGAAAGAAGAAUGAAGUGAAUACUAUUGGAACAAUGCAUGCAUGUGGACAGCAAAAUACCUUUGGCAGUAAGAAGAGCCAAUCAGAUUACUCAAAAGACAUUAUCUUUAUUAUACAGCAUACCAUAUUCUGCGUCUUGGUUAAUCGCCUUCCUAGAAUAAUCAGCCCACAUCAACCCCCUUCAGUCUUUCACAAACAUUGUCACAGCUGUUUGCAUCAAUUUGUAUUUGCAGAAUAAUGCUCAAUACUUUGUUGUCCAAUCCAGAAAGCAGCUGAGAAAGACUGAUUGGUCAAUGACUUGAAUUGAGCUUCAAUGACCCAAAUUUAGAACACUCUUAAAGCCUGUGUUCACCCCAUUAAAUGUGAUUGUUUUAUGACUGAAAAAGAAGUUUUGAAGAGAAGUACUGAAAUAAUAUAUAGUCAACAUCCAUUGCUUUCUCUAGAAUAAUCACCUUUUUGGUGCUUAAAGAGAAAAGAUUGCCUCUGCCUAUUGUUCCAGGAAGUAUGGUAUGUCAGCACAAUGCAUGUCUUUAAAUUUGGUUUAAUUUACUUUCAGAACCAUAGGGUACUUUAGCAAGCUGUGUUAAAUUGUAUCUGGAAAGAAAGCCCAUGGGAGUUUCAACACUUUCAAACAGAACCAUAAAACUGAACAAAAGUGACGAGGAGGACAGCAAGGAGGAAAAAGCCAUGCCAACAAUCAAGCCUCACAAUGUACAAACUCCAAAACCCCAGGCAGCAAAAGUGGAAGGAAGUACGUAUUUAAUUGGAUAACUUAGACAUUUUAUGGACUGUUUUUAUAAAUACAGGUUAAUGAUAAUGGAUACAUUAGAAUGUUGAGUGACAUUAACCUUCAAUAUCUAGAAAAAGGAUAAAAAUUUUUUCCUGAAUAGUUAAUUAGAAGGUACCGAGAAGAUCUCUUGUCACAAAUGCAUCACCUAAUCAUGGUGAACAUUGACUAAAAGUAGUGUUGGGAAUCAGUUGAGAUCUCAUGAAUUGAUCAUUGGAAAUAUUGGAUUGACCCACUUGAUCAAUCAUCGAUAAUUUAUGAUUAUGCAAAAAUUUCCUUGUUUUUAUUUUUCACCUUUGUGCGAGUCAAUGUACAUGAGUCUUUUGACUGUAGACCUGUCUAAGCUCGGAAUUUUUUCUGUGCUUUUGGUUAAUCAAAUUCUCUUUUUUCUUUAAUUAUGAGAUUUUUAAAAAGGCAACACACAAGUUUAUGCUUAUGGUUGUCAAAAAUAUGUAUAUAUAUAUAUAUUUUUUUUUUUCAGUGCAAUAAUCAAUUGAACAUUUUCAAUAAUUGAUUAUUACAUCGCUUAAAGAUUUCAAUUGAUGAUUGAUUAUAAUCGACGAUCUGCUCACCACUGACUAAAACUUAUAAUCCUUUUAAUAUUUUACAGUACCAUGGUGGAUGGUAUUUGCCGUUGGUCUGCUUGGUUUUCUCAUAGUUGCCGUUUGCUGCUACUGUUUUUGUUAUCGGAAAUGUUGUAAGAAAAAGAAGAAGGAAGAGAAAAAAGCCGCAAAAGAAAAACUUGACCUGAGAGAAGUACAGCUGCUAGCAGCUAGUUACCAGGAAAAAGUUCAACCAUCUGUGGACGAGUUAGAUUACAAUAGCGAUGAAUUCCAGUCUGAUGGCAGUUCAGGAGUUAAAAUAGGUAUAGACAAAAAUGUAAUGUCUAAUUUUGUUGUAGGCUUAUUUCCACACAGCUAGACCUUUGCUUGGCUGGGAUGAGCCCACGGGGUGUGGGUAAUCAACCAAAGUUUGGGUCUUGGUUAGCCACUGAGGGUUUGAAACCCUGACUCUUUUUAGGACAAAUAAUCUUAAAAUACAUGCCCUGUUUAGGACAAUACCCUCAAUUCUAAUACCCUGUUUAGGACAAAGGACAAAAUACACACCGUCUUCUUUCAAGGGCAUUUAUUGGCAAUUGCAAUAGAGCAAAUUCACAUUAUAGUUAUUAUUACUUUUGUAUACUUGGAGUACAAACAAAAUAAUUUCAUCAAACAAAUCAAAUCAAUCAUGCAGGCAAAACCCUGUUUAUAAUAAGGCCAUAUUUACGAGAAAUUAUAAACCCUGUUCAGGACAGAUAGGACAAAAACCAUACCCUGUCCAACGGCAUCAUCAUAGGCCAGCCAUAUAAGGGAGUACACCCCCCAGGUCCCACCCAUCCUUAGUAGGAGACAUAAAAGUACUGUCAUCUAUGAAUAAUUUUGUACUAAAUACAUUGACAAUGAAUUUAAAUUGUGUCCUUUUUUGCUGUGACUAGGUCGAAUCCACUUCACUCUAGACUACAGUUUCAAUGAGAAUUCACUGACAGUGGGGGUGAUAGAGGCACAGGAUGUCCCUGCUAAAGAUUUUAGUGGAACAUCUGAUCCGUAUGCGAGAGUCAUGUUAUUACCAGACAAAAAAAAGAAAUUUGAAACCAAGGUGUGAAAUUACAGACUUUUUGGUUUGUUGCGACUUCUCUUGGAGUGUAUACAGUGGAACCUUGAUAUAACAAACCUCUUUAUAACAAACUCCUCAGUAUAACGAACAAUCUUCUUCACCCCACCAAUAGUAAAGUAUAUGAAAAAGAACCUUUACAAUAACAAACCUAAAUAUAGUGAGCAAAUUUUGUUAGUCCCUCGGCCCUUCGUUUUGUCAAGGUUCCACUGUAUAAGGGGCAUAAUUAAUUUUGAACUGCUCAGUGGAGCAGGUUUCCAUCAAAAAUGUAAACAUUGAUAGCUUUCUUUCAAUGUGAUGCCGGAUCAUAGUUACAGUUUCAAACACCUUAUGGAGAUAAGUCAUAAAACUGAACCUGGCCACAUGUAUUUAUGAAUAUUAUUAUGUCCAAUAAUAGUAAAACAGAAAAUUGAUGAGAAAAAUUAAAUAAGGCUCUUGAAAAUAACUUAUAAGUUACACGUAAAUGCCAAACAAAUAGCAAGUCACACAUGGCCAUGGCCAUCUUUUAUUGAGCCAAAGUUGCAAAGAAAUUGUAAAAGUUGCAUAAAAAGGUGACAUCAAAACAUUAAUUAGUAAAUUAACAGAGUUUUUUUUAUUUUUUGUAAUUUUAUAGAGAUCCUCAUUUGGCAUCCCAUUCUUCCAUCCCUACCAUUUUGAUCUUAUCUGCAACUCUACUCGUAACAGUUUACUCUCCCAUUUUAUAACAGUCUGAAGCUGUUUUUCAAUUAACCAUGUUACUAAUUAAAGAAACUCUGAAUAAAUUCUGAUCAAUAACACACUUUUCUUCAUAUCUUUAGGUUCACAAGAAAACUCUAAAUCCUAUAUUCAAGGAAACAUUUGUGUUCAAGAAUAUUCCAUACAGCGAAAUAACAAAUAGAACUCUUUGUAUCGAGCUCUACGACUUUGAUCGCUUUUCCAGACAUGACAUCAUUGGAGAAGCCAAAUUGCCAUUAAUUGAUGUUGAUUUAGCAACAAAUAUUGAUGAGUGGCGUGCUCUGAUUCCACCUUCAUCUUCAGGGGGCCUCACUGGUGUACAUGUAAGUUAAAUUUCUUUGUAGUUGAGCCUCGAGUAUACUAAGUACCAAAGUAAUGUAAAACUUGAAUUCUUUCAAACCAGAAGCAUAUAGGUUAUACUUCUGUUUGAAACCUAGGGAACAGCAUAGGGUGAGAAAAUGUCUUACAUUUCUGACUACCUUCUCACCUUAAAUCACCUGANGUAUUCAUGUUUUGAAGUCCUCUUACUAUUACUUUGAGCUACCUAUACACAUGCAAAGUCUCUGACCUUUCCUACACAGACCAUGGAUAAAUCUUAAUAGCAAUGUUAGGGUGUCACCAAGAUUUCAAGUUGCUGGGUAAAUACAAAAAGUAGGAGGGGAAUAAAAAAGCUAGGGGUUUCGAAAGUAAGCGGGGGCCAUGUUCAUGGUAGCCGGAAGAAAUCCCCCACCUCCGCCUCUUAAUGACAGCUCUGAAUGUAAUAGGAACAAGCUGUGCAUUAUUGGUACUUCACACAGUAAAAUAACACUUAAAUUUUUUAACUACACACUUUCAGUGGUGUCUAUAGAGUGGAACCCAUAAGCAAACACUAGAUUUUACUAUAAAUCUUAUAUAAUAUAUAAUUAUAUAUGAAAGGUUUUGAGACAAUAUUAUGUAUAUUUUUAAUAUGUGGUCAAGUUUUUUAGGAUGAGCAAUCCUUUUCUCUUAAAAAAUUAUUGAAAAGUGAAUCAUUGGAUGAUGGUAUACCAUAAAUGACCUAUUUAUAAUAAACACCCACUUCAAAAUAAACGCCUCUUAUCUACUGGUUAAAAUUUUAUUAGACACCCAUCUCUAAUAAACUCCCCCUGUCUAAUAGAUACCCCCUAUAGAAUUUAGUCUAAAAUACUUGGAAUUAGCAAAAAGGUGCAAAAUCAUUCAAAUCAUUCAGUUUCUUGCUUGAUUAACAAAGCUUGGUGUAUUUCAUCUUGUUCGAUGUUAAGUUUAAAACAAGGAUAGACUAACGAUGGCAACACAAUUACAAUGAGCGAGGAUUCUGGCAUAAAUGUUGGAAUUUCAAAGAGUGAUAUGGAUCUCUAAAAGGCCUUGACAUAUCAACUGAUGGAGUGGAAAUUCCGCUAUAUUUAAACUCUCUUGAUAUUUUUGCAGAAACUGUAUUAGUUUUGUUGAGAUUGUUACAGUAAUGAGAACGCUCCCACCUGGACCCCUAAAAUUAAAUAGAUGUCCAGGGCGUUUAUUAGAUGUCAUGAAGAAAUGUUUUGCUGUGGUUACAUGAAGGUGGAAGUCUAGACUUGCCACAAGUCAACCUCAUGAGUUUCUAGGCAAGCAGAGGGAGCUUUUUAGGUCGCGAAGUGGCCGAGGGAGUUGGUGAAAGGGCCAAGUGACCAGGAACUUAUUUUUGAGACUAGGACAGAUUGGUUUUUCUUGUUGAAAAUUGAUUUCUGCAAUUUUUAGAAAGUACCCAGCAUCCAGCAUAAUUUGAUAAUAUUUACAUUUUUAUUGAGUACAUGCAAUAGAAACACAUAUUUUCAAACAAUACUAUGGUCUGUGUAUCCUAUGUAAAACCAGUAAGUUCAUUGCGUACCGUCUUGUUUCUAAACGAACGAGACAAGUUGUAAUUGAACAGACACAAUUUCUUAGUACUCCAUUUUUGUGUAGCAAAUUUAAGUUAGAGAAUAUUUACUCUGAAGUAAAUUUUUGCCGGAAAAAUGUUUACCGUAAUUCUUAUUUGUGGGAACUUAUUUUGGCAGAUCGCUGGAAAAAUCGCAAAAAUUAGAACCCACAAAAAUUUUGUGCCACACUGUUGUCCUAGACCCACACUUCAAGUCUCUAUGAAUUUGACUCUGUAAAUUUUGAGACUUGAUUACCUACCAUACACGUAGGCGGAGGAAGAACCAAACUGAUUAGCUGAAGAAAGUAACAAUGUUGUUUUUGGUUGGUUCUGGUUAUAUUGUGCUAUCCAAGUGGGAAGGACUCAAACACUUAGAAUAAAUAAUUCCUUUAGUAUUGUAGAGGGGUAUUUAUUUAUAGAUGAAGGGAUUAUUUUUAACAAAAAUAUUAACAAUAAUAUUAUUUUUUAUACAUUUUUAUCUUUAAUCUUCGGUAAAAUUCAACACUUCUGUAAGCUGGAUAUCCACUUGAUUUUUCAUCAUGUUUUAAAGGGAAAAAAAAAACUUUUUAAAAUAAUGGUAGGUUCAGUGACAAAGCUUAGGUAAUGUGUACCACAGAGCAAGAAUUUAGGAGAUGUUGUAAUGUUAAGACUCUUAAUCAAAAAGCUCAAUAAGCUGAUUCCUUAAAAAAAGAGGGAAUACAAAGGAACCCACCCUCGGACACCAGCAUAACAUGGACACUCGUACAAAACUGUGGAACCUUUUGUUUGUCCUAACCCUGUAAUCCAAAAGUACAUAGCUUCAAAAUUUGCCACAUUACAUUAUUGCAAUAAUUUUAGGACUUAACUUACAUGCCAGGAUCAUAAUUAUCUUCCCAGGAAAUCAUAUAUGAGGGUUGCUGAUUUAUGAAUGAGUAAAGUGAAUAUUGAAAAGGACUAAUUUAUGAAAGUGAUUUACACAGAAUUUGACUUUAUUGCUUCAUUAAUACAAUAACAAUAGCAAGAAAAGAGACUAGAAAGAAAUUUAACUUCUCAAACUCAUUAAUAAUUCAUAAAGAAAAUACAAAGGAAUUUUAUGUUUAAUGAGUGUUUGGCAAUCAGGCGAAAAACUGUUCAGUUUUGCACCCUUAAUUUCUCCUAAAAUCAUUUUGUUUGAGAAGUAAUAUCAAGUAUUCGACACAGUGUUUCAUCACCAAAUGAAACAGUGACCUUAACGUUUGUCAAAAAUACUCCGCUGAGCGUCGUAUUUUCAACUCUCUUCUCAGUGUUUCAUGUAAUAUAUCAAACAUGAGAUGCAGUGUUUCAUCACCAGAUGAAACACCGAGAAGAGAGUUGAAAAUACGACGCGCAGCGGAGUAUUUUUGACGAACUUCGAGGUGUUUCAUCUGGUGAUGAAACACUGUGUCGAAUGUUUGAUAUUUCUUCUCAAACAAAAUCAUUUUUGAAGGAGAAAUUAAGGAUGCAAAUACUAAGCAGUGUUUCAUCCGAUUUCCAAACACUCAUUAAACAUUAAUUUCCUUUGUAUUUUCUUAAUGAAUUAUUAAUGAGUUUGAGAACUGGCGAUGAAACACUGCGUCUCAUGCUUGAUAUAUUACAUGAACAUCAGAGAAUUAAAUUAUGUAUUUACAAAAUUACCGAAAGGAUAAAUCUAGGCAUAAAUUGCUAUCAUCACUUAAUAACAAUAUAUCCGUUCACUUGCAAAGUUUGUAGCUUCUGCCGUCACUUUCUCCACCUUACUGUUAAGUACCUCAGGAAUCCUCCAUUUACAGUUAACCAGGUGAACACAGCUGCAGAGGAAUUCUUGUUAAUGAUGGGCAUUAUUCUUUUGCUUCUCUUUCUCAGCAUCUUCCAUCUCAAAAACGUAUUUAUGACCCUGUGAACAAACAAAAUGUCAAUUAUCAUCAUCAUCUAUCCAAUCGUACAGGCCAAUCAUGGCACGAACUUAAAUCCUGGUACACACGUGAGGGCCCCAGAAAAAGGUUUUUGGCGCCAUUUCACAGAUGAACUUAACCAGAAAUUUAGUUCCAUCUGUGCCACAGACUAAAGAAGAUAAGAUGUAGGAAACUCACCACUAACUCAUGCCAGUCAUGCUUUAGCCUCCACAGAACCCAAAACACCAUUGUUCCUCCCAUCACCUUGGACAAGAUGAAAUGAAUUCGCUUUGGUUUAGGAAGACUGGCUAUCACACCACCUGCCAUCUGAAAUCGAUUUAAUAAAGCAUAAUCAUAUCAGCAAAAUCAUUUCUAAAAGGGAACAAGUGUGUUUGUUAGGUGAAAUAAAAUGUGGCACCAUGUCUCUUCAGCUACAUGCGUAACUUUUACAAGCACUGAAUAUCCCUUUUGUUGAGAUUGGUUAUUACCUCAGGGUGCUCAUUAGGCAUCGGAAAAAGGAGAAUUCACCAUUUACCAGGCAGAAUUCUCCAGCAAAUGUUCGGAAGCCUAUGGCUAUUUUUCAUUCAGACUAAUGAAAGUCCUGUUAUCUAUGAUAUAUUGGAGUACAGGCAGAGAGAUGACUGACAUCAAGGCAGAGAUUUUUUUUCUCACAAAGCAUGGUUUGGAAAAAAUGUUUGAGAUUAUUCUAGACUGCAGGGUUCAAAAUAAAAUCACAGCUUUUAGCCUGAAUCUGUAGGCUUUUGUUGUCAAAGCUUACUUUUCUAGGCUGUCAAUAAUGAAUGAGCGGAUCCUGUGAAUAGUCAACAAUGUGAUUUAUUAUUAUUAUUAUAUUAUUAUUUCUUCACUCACAAACCAGGGCGGAGCUCAAAUAUGGGAAUUCCGUUCUGUCAAGCAGUAUGAAUACAAAACUGACUUUAAUUUGAAUGAGUGAAAAGGCUUCACAAACAGCACUAAACAAGUGUUUGUACAAAAUAAAUCUUGACUGCACAUGCAGAAACAAAAAGGCGGUACAAAAUGGUUUGUCUGGACAAACUUGCAUGUUUCACACUUUAGCAAAUGCGUAAAAGAAUUAGUCGUUCAGGGUGCACAAGAAUUCUCCUUUUCAACUUUUGCAGCAUGCUUUAAAUUUCCAAACCUUUUUCCACUCUUUCUACUCAUUUUAAUUGAUUGAUAGUGAUAAUCAAUGACCAAUCGAUGGCAGUAUUAUUGUGGUUAUCGAUUGGUAUCAAUUUUCAAUAACAGUUAAUAGAUAAAUAAUUGACAUGGAUUGGUAUCAAUUGGUUGCAGAUUGACGGAGUAGGCACAUAAAUAUCACAUCUUUGUAUGCAGUAAUUGUACACACGUUUCAUUUUAAUGCUUUGAACGUUAACAGGAGAAAGAUACUUUUUUCUUUCUCUCCAACACCCCGUCCACAGGUAUCCCUUUUUCCUUUGACAACUCAAAAGUUUAUUUGCAGAGAUAACAAUGUGUGUGUUUUCUAUAGUUUCAAAUUUGUUUGCCUGGAUUGUUUGUUACAGUUUUAAUAAAAAAGCUUCACUUAACAGAAAUAUUUGCAUGUAGUGGCCAAAGAGGGUCCACAAGCUCGGACUGUAGGUGGCCGAGCUGUCCACGAUGGUUAACAACAACUUUAAACGCGCUUCCAUAUUCUCCUCUCUUCUUGUUAGCAGUAAACAGUUCACCGACGUUCACCUCAAAACGGCAAAGAUUAUAGCCUUUGACGAUGCACCUUAUAUUCAGUAAAGCCUCUUCCCAGACUUCUUUUGUAGCGGAAGGGCAAAUACAGGCAAGUGGGUAAUUCGAAUACAAGAGCAACAGGGUAUAUUCUUUGCACUGAGAAGACUGCGUCAGAAUUGUUUUACCAAUUUCGUCCCCAGGGCUUCCUAAACACGGCUGAUGAUCGGACAUGCAGGUAGCAUGCGUAAGGUACGUGACAUCUGUUUGAGGUUGCUGUGCCAAUCGAUAGCAAUCGAUGAACGGUUUUCGUGUGGUUAUCGAUCGAUCAUCAAUUGACCCAUACCAAUUGAUACCAAUUACCUAAUUUUAUCGAUUGAUAUUGACAGGUUUUCCGAUCAUCGAUUUCCAUCGAUUGGAUACCCCAGGGUAGUCUACGAAUUUCAAGUUCCAUAUUUUAAUUUACUUGUAGGAACAUAAGCCUACAAUUUAAAAAAGCCAACCUCUCUCAGGUUAGUUAGCUCGUAAUCUUCCAAACAUGAAGAGGUUACUACCUCUGCAAUAAUCAACUUUAGUUUUCAAUUCUCUUCGUUACACAUUCUCCCACUAGCUUAUUGCUUGGAUAAAUCGGGAUAAAUUAAAGCUACUAACCUUUUAAUAUUUCACUCUCAUGCCAGCUAUAUAACGAUAACAACGUGCUUCCAAAAUAUAUCUACAUAUAUAAUCAAUUUACAGUUGAAUCAUAUUAUACUCACCUUUUCCUUUUAGAGUUUUCUAAGCCGUAUAAAAGGAGAACGACGUACUCAAAACUUCCAAUAUGGCGGUCAAGAAAAGCACUAGAUACCAGACUUCCUCGUGAUUCUCGCCUUCAGGGCCAGCGGAGGCGUGCAAGACAUCAUAUAUGAAGUACCUGCAGAACCCUUAUAAGUUUCUGGUACCUGCCAUAUCUCCCCUGCAGGCCAUCUUCAGCUAUCUUAGCAUGCGGUUAGGAUACCACCUUUGUGAUCUUUCCGGUAGACGCUGGGACGUUUAAUCACCUUGGCGUUUCUUACGAAUCGCCUUGAGGUAGCCAAUUUACAAGAUGACCUCAUUGACUGAUUUUUGAAUUAUAAGAUAUACAGUCGAACCUCCCGUGAGCGACCACAAAAUGCAAAGACUGAGUGGUCGCUUACGGGAGGUGGUCGUUUACAGGAAUCAAACCACAGGUAACCUCUUCCGAGAACAGUUCGAGGCAUAUAUACUUUAUGGAAGAUGAUUUAUUGCAUGCAAUGUCUAAGAUACGACAUGUGUUGUUCCAUCUUGUCACUAAACUUCCUCGUAUGUUCAAAGUAGCAUAGUGCACACCGCGAACAUAGAGAUCAGAGAAUGCGUCAAGUGGUCGCUUUAAACAAGAGGUUAAAAACAAUGGAAAAUCAUGAACCAUCAGGCCCAAAAAUUGGUAGUGGUCGCCCGGGGUGGUCGCUUACAGGAGGUGGUCGUUUACUACAGGCUCCAACUGUAAGGCUUUGACUGGGAAAAUUUUGGUGUUUUGGAUUGGCGGUCGCAUAAUUAUGGGAGGUGGUCGUUUACAAGAGGUGGUCGCAUAUGGAGGUUCGACUGUAUUCUAUACACAUACAUCUAGCCGGAUUUUUGAAUACACUAGCGCCAAAUAGACCUCUUCCGUCAAACAGUUUUUUUCAGUUUCGGCCAAAAAAUAUCGUUCAAAGUAGCCAUUAUAAAAACUAAAAGUGCAACCAAUUUCUUUUUUCUCUUCCCCUCCUUUCUUCCUCCUUGCUCUUUCUUUUUCGGCCUCUUUCUUGGUUGUGUGAUUUUCGAGCUCAUCGGGCGCAAAAAAAAAAACUUGCCUUUUGGCCCUUUUUUACUCAAAUGGUUGCAAAUUUCGUUAGGUUCUUUUUCGCAAAAAAACGGCCAAAUCAUGCAGACUUUGGGAAGACUAAAUCGACGCUGCUGUCAACGAGCUAACUUGGCUUGUUUUCAACCUCGUCCCCAGGGUUUUUCCGCCAGACCCGGUGUGUUUCUUUACUAAAAUCCAAAUCCGGAUUUUCAAUCCGAAAACGGAUAUUUCGUUUCUUUAAUAAGAUCCAGAAAAGGAUUAUUGAUCCAAAUGAUCCACAACGGAGGUAGCCUCCCCGCAGACGUCCUUUGGGGUUCGUUUGUCACGCAUUCAUUUCUCGUGGUGGAGAAAUGAAUGCGUGACAAAGGAACCCCAAAGGACGUCUGCGGGAAGGCUACAACGGAGGUGGAUUCUGUGGGUCAUAUGCACCGGAUGCUAUGGAUACAUGGUCCGAAGCGUUUCUUUACAACGGAUCCGAAAAGAGUGAAUACUGCCAGCGGUGACUCGAAACAAAUUUAAUGAAUUCAUAAGGUGUUUGACUACACUGCUCAUCUUUACGUCUAAUUCUUAAUCCGAGGCAUGAAUUAAACGAUCCAUUUUAUCCGUUUUAUCGGAGUGGUCAAAUCGCAAUACAAAAAGAACCUGCAUUGUAUGGAAACUACCUGACGACAUACGCUCAUGCGAGAAUCUAAGUCUUUUAAAGCGUAAACUUUAAACCUACCUUUUUAACAACUAUUAUUUUAGUCAUUAGGAAGAUUUAUUUCAUUUUAUAUCUGUUUUAUUUAAAUGUAAAUUUAUUUUAAUUCUAAUUUUUUUCACGUCGUUGAGCGCCUAGAUCAUUGCUGGAUAGGCGCUAUAAAAAUGUUCUUCUUCUUCUUCUUCUUCUUCUUCUUCUUCUUAUUAUUAUUAUUAUUAUUAUUAUUAUUAUUAUUAUUAUUAUUAUUAUUAUUAUUAUUAUUAUUAUUAUUUUUGUUGUUGUUGUUUUUGUUGUUGUUCAAGUUCACAAGAACAGAAUUGCUACACAACUUCGCCAGCGCGACUUUCAAGACUUUACUCAGUUUCCAGUACAUAUCUUAUUGCAAGACUGGUCCAUAUUUUGCCCCUCCAAACCAAUAUCCUUGAGCUAAUCGUCAGAAUACAAUGGAAGAUCAGCAAACUUUCAACCGUUUAGUGGCCGUAUUAUUCUCUCUCGGGGAUACUGUCGAUAUUGUGGGUCGUUUCUAUGGAAAUGAAUGAAAAAUAAUCUUUUUUUGUAUACAUCGUUCCUUUUCUUGACGAAAACUCAUAAUGAUCCGGAUUUUUUAUCUAAUCUUGGAUUUUAAUAAAGAAACGCACCCCUAGAAUCGUUAGUUGGAGGGAGCGAGAAAUAAAAAAGAUGUUGGUAGUAAAAAAUGGCAAAAGAGCAAAAGAGUUAAAAAUUGAAGCUCAUGUCUAAAAGUCGCAAAAGCUGUUUACAGAAGUUUUACCGCGUUCGGUAUUGCUUUAAUUUUCAGUCCUGAUUUUUUCCCUGAACAAAGAAAAACAUUUUAAGACUCCUAGCACCUGUUGUCGAUCUCUUUAUAGCAAAAUAAAAGGGGAAAGUUAAGUGAAAUCAAUUUAAUUUUCCUUGAGAAGAAGCUGUAUUCUACUCGAAAAAUCGUGACAAGAGAUAAGAGAGCAACUUGUAAUGUUUUGUCAUGAAAUGAUGCAGUUUUCUGUCCAUAUAAUAUUCCUCGUGUUGUUUGAUUGAAACUUAAUUGUAUGCAAUUCGCGGGGGUGUUUUCCUAUACGUAGCUUCAUGUCUCAACUUCCUCCUCCGUAAUGCCAUAAAUUAGAAACUAUAGUCUUGUGUACGUAUACAUGACCGCGGUGUUUACCAACGAAAGUGCAAGUUCGAAAGAUCAGUUGAACAGAGCAGUUUACAUUUGAAAGUCUACCCCGCACAAUCGUCAGUUUCUUUAUUUUCGACAGAUCCACCGGAAAAAUAGCUGCAAACUAGGCGUUGUUAAUGAGAUAACAAUUGAAUUGCGACACAUUCGUUUUCCCUUAUUACUCGCUUCAUUGCUUAGGUAACGAGACAAAACCGGCUACACAUGUUUUUUUGUCUUUUUCUUUCUUUGUCUAUAAGACCUGUUUGAAUUAUAAUUUCCGAUACUUUUUAUAAAGGUUAAAACUAAAGAAAAAAAUAACCUUAAAUCAAAAGGUGGCAUGAGUAAAGCUUAAGUUUUGGGGUAAAAAAAAAUCAUAAUUUUUAAACAUUUUUUUCGGCAGGUGUGACUCAUUAUCCACUUUUAUAAAAGAGGCACACUUGAAUAGUUUUUUCUCUCAACAAUUUUCUUCGUUUGUUGAAUAAACCGUUGGCUUAAGUUUUUUCUGAAAAAGAUAUAUAUAAAAAUUAGACACCUUUUUUUUAUUCAGAACCAAAGUAAUGUAAAACUUGAAUUCUUUCAAACCAGAAGCAUAUAGGUUAUACUUCUGUUUGAAACCUAGGGAACAGCAUAGGGUGAGAAAAUGUCUUACAUUUCUGACUACCUUCUCACCUUAAAUCACCUGAAAGUGAAAACUGGUUGGUUGUAUGUGUUUUGGGUGUUUCUUUGCUUUCGGUAACUAUCGUUGGUUCACCUUUUUGUUAUGGUGUGGGUAUUGUUUGAAGUGUCAAGAUUCAAUUUUUUUAAUAUGUCAUUUAGUAAUUAUUAUUGCACCUGUUCGCAACAAUACGAAACUAUCCGUGCUUUUCAUAUGUUAAAUAUUUUCUUUUUUAGCGGUCCAAGUCUGAGCUAGGUCAACUUUGUUUUUCACUGCGUUAUGUACCUGCCGCGGGCAAAUUACAAGUGGUCAUAUUAGAAGCUAAAGAUCUUAAAGCCAUGGAUGUCUCUGGCUACUCAGGUAAGCUUCAAGGCUGUCAUUAAGGGAUGGUGAGAAGAAAUGCAAAACCUUGACAACACAUGAAACCCUGGCUUUAUUCAAGGCUCAAAAUUAAUGCUUACAAACUUUCCAAAUGCAAGUCAUAAGAAUUUCCCCUAGCAUAAAUUUCAGGGCUCAAAAAAAAAAAACCAUGCUGUCUAGGAAGCAUCGAGGCAAGUAAAAUCGUUAACUAAGAAGAAAAAGAAGUGGCCCUGGGACCAGCAAAAUGUGAGAGCUGCUUGCCCAAAGGACACGCUGGAAUUUAAUUUAAUUUCUUUUCAAGCCCUGAAUUUGUGAGUAAGCAUUUAUCCACUGCUACACCAGCUGCUCUACUCCCCUGGCUACUCAGGUCAGCAGUAGGAAAAAACAAAUGAGCUAAAAUUGGUUUGGGGAUGGAGAAUGAGGCAACAGUUUCUCAAUACCAUUUUCAGAGAUUGUGGGUAAGGUUGCAAAGCAGUCUUACAAAAUCUAUUUAAAAGUUAAAUUUGAGUUUUAAAAGAUCAGUACUAUCUCUGAAUGCUACACAUUUUUAGUGACCCUAUAAAAAAUCAUUGUCUUUUUAUUAUUGUUGCAGAUCCAUAUGUGAAAAUAGCACUAAUUCAAGAGGGAAGGAAGCUAAAGAAGAAAAAGACAACUGUUAAGAAAAGGACACUGAAUCCUUACUACAAUGAACAUUUUACUUUUCAAGUUGCUUUUGAGAACAUUGAGCAGACAUCUUUGAUAAUUUCUGUGUUAGACUAUGAUCGUGUUGGUCGCAGUGAAGUGAUUGGUAAAUGUGUUGUUGGUGAACUGUCGUCAGGACCUGAUCAACAACACUGGGUGGAUAUGCUGGCAUCACCACGAAGAGCAAUCGCACAGUGGCACACAUUACACAAUUAGACCUUUUUAUAUUUACAUAAAACAAAAAUAAUAAUUUAUGCUAUUAUUAUUAUUACUAUUUCAAAUGGUUACACAUUUAUGUUAAGUUUACUAGUAUCAUUUGUCGCCUUUUUAACGACUACAGGAGUCCAAAUUUAAAAGAAAGAAAAGUUUGUCAAAAAAAUGAGCAAAAAAUGAGAUUAUUUCAAGGUGAUAAAACAAAAAUACUGCCACUUAUUUUUCAUACUCAAGGGAAUAAUAUCAAUUGGUAUAUUUUAGGUCAACUACAGAUUGUACUUCUAGGAGUGAUGUGAUUAAGAUUGCAAGGGCUUGAUCAUCAUUUGAACAGAGCUGUAAAUUUGAGACUGAGGGCGUGAAAAAAACUUGAAUUCCAGCUUGUUAUUUUGCUUACCAAGAGCAGUUGUUUGCUUCUCUUUUAUGAUUUUUUUACAUUAGAAAAAAAAAAUUUUCCAUAGCCCUUGUCCUUUGCGCAAGUGAGCAAGAAAAUUUGUGCACCUGGCAGAAAAGUCUUUUGCCCUGGACAACAAGAUAGGACUUUUUCAACCCCUUUAAAUUCUUAAAGGUCUUGACUAGGCAUAGAUGUAUUCAUGUUUUGAAGUCCUCUUACUAUUACUUUGAGCUACCUAUACACAUGCAAAGUCUCUGACCUUUCCUACACAGACCAUGGAUAAAUCUUAAUAGCAAUGUUAGGGUGUCACCAAGAUUUCAAGUUGCUGGGUAAAUACAAAAAGUAGGAGGGGAAUAAAAAAGCUAGGGGUUUCGAAAGUAAGCGGGGGCCAUGUUCAUGGUAGCCGGAAGAAAUCCCCCACCUCCGCCUCUUAAUGACAGCUCUGAAUGUAAUAGGAACAAGCUGUGCAUUAUUGGUACUUCACACAGUAAAAUAACACUUAAAUUUUUUAACUACACACUUUCAGUGGUGUCUAUAGAGUGGAACCCAUAAGCAAACACUAGAUUUUACUAUAAAUCUUAUAUAAUAUAUAAUUAUAUAUGAAAGGUUUUGAGACAAUAUUAUGUAUAUUUUUAAUAUGUGGUCAAGUUUUUUAGGAUGAGCAAUCCUUUUCUCUUAAAAAAUUAUUGAAAAGUGAAUCAUUGGAUGAUGGUAUACCAUAAAUGACCUAUUUAUAAUAAACACCCACUUCAAAAUAAACGCCUCUUAUCUACUGGUUAAAAUUUUAUUAGACACCCAUCUCUAAUAAACUCCCCCUGUCUAAUAGAUACCCCCUAUAGAAUUUAGUCUAAAAUACUUGGAAUUAGCAAAAAGGUGCAAAAUCAUUCAAAUCAUUCAGUUUCUUGCUUGAUUAACAAAGCUUGGUGUAUUUCAUCUUGUUCGAUGUUAAGUUUAAAACAAGGAUAGACUAACGAUGGCAACACAAUUACAAUGAGCGAGGAUUCUGGCAUAAAUGUUGGAAUUUCAAAGAGUGAUAUGGAUCUCUA